AUGUAUCCCGAGGAUGAGGGAUGUGACGGUAUUGCUGGCACUUUAAUGAACGCCCGCAAGAAUGUGUAUUGCGAAUUUACAGGAAGAAACGCCCACGCUGGUGGCAACCCUUGGGAAGGAAUUAAUGCUCUUGAUGCCCUGGUUUCAUCCUAUAACAAUGUCGCAGUAUUGCGUCAACAAUUACUUCCGGAGCAGCGCAUUCAUUGUGCUUUCUUGGAUACCCCUAAGGUGGCUAAUAUUAUUCCGGCGUACACCAAGGCAUUCUGGCAGGUUCGCAGCCCUACCCUCAAGGGACUCAACACCCUGAUUGGAAAAGUGCGCAACUGUAUCGAAGCUGGUGCACUUGCCACUGGCUGCGAAGUCAAGAUCGAAGAGGAUGAACUCUAUACCGAUGUCCGAUUGAAUGACACGCUGUGUGAGCGAUAUUCCGCCCACAUGGGGCGAUACAAUCGCAAAGUACUCAAGCGUCACGAGAAAGUUCUUACCGGAUCCUCUGAUAUUGGCAAUGUUAGCUACGAGACACCCACACUUCACACGAUGUUCGCCAUUCCAGCCCCUCCCAAGUCAUUUCCCCAUCACCCGACAUUUGCAGCUGCAGCUGGAACAGACGAUGCUCAUGCUGAAGCCAUUAUUGUGGGAAAGUCCUUGGCGCUGAUUGGGUGGGAGAUGGUGGCGGAGGCGGCCCUAUUUGAGACAGCGCAGCUGCAGUGGAGAGAUGAGAUUGCAAAGGAGUAG